AUGCUGACUCAUGUCACCACUGAUUUUGAAAGUGAAGAUCUGACUCUCAUUAAAUCUAAUCUUUACUUAUCUCCAAGUGAGGUUUUAAGAUUCUUAUCAUUGAUAUACUAUCAAGUACUUAAGCAAUUGAAUGAGAAAGAUAUCAAUGCAACUUAAUUUAUAUAAUCACAGUCAGUGUCUCUUGAUCCAAUGAUCAUCCUUAGAGAAGCAUCUGUGAUACUAGAAUUUCAAACAAAGGAUUUGAUACAGAGAUACUCAAAAUCCUUAAUUUAAAAAAAUAUCGAUCAGCUAAAUUAUCUCUGUACCUGUGUAGAUAAAUUAGUCUUUGGAUAGUUUAUUAGUUCAUAAAAUUGGUAAGUUCUAAAAGAAUUAAUGGUUGAAAAGAACUUAGAGAUUUAAGAAAAAUAUGGAUAUGAUGUUGAUCUCUCAGAUAAAGCAAUGAUCGAGGAAAAAUAAGUUGAGAAAAGAUUAACAGAAAUUUAAGAAGAGAUCAAAGAUAUUAAAAGCUUAAAGUAAAAUGAAAUUGAAUAUAUAGCCAAAACAAAAUGGAUUCCAGCCCAUCAUAUCUUGGACAUACUUCAAAAUAUUAAUUAGGACACCAAGGUCUAAAUAUACAUAGAUCUUAUGGACAAAAUUUAGGAUGUGUACACUUUUUAAUUUAGACUCUUUGCAUCAAAGUCAUUAAUGUUUUUGAAGUAAAUAGAUGAAAAAAAUCUCUCUUAAAAUGAUCAAUUUAUCAAGAAUAUGAGUGCAAAUGUUUUUAGGAGGCUAAGAGGAAACUUUCCAGAGCUUAAGGGGUUUCUAUAUAACUUAAAGUCACUCCAUAUCUUUGAUGAAGUUAAAAUACUUAAAGCAGAAAGUCUAAAUAUGAUUACAAAAAUUAGAAAAAAUGAGGUAUCUUAAUAGUUUCUGGAAAGAGUGAUAAUUUAAUAUUCAGAUAAGGAAGAGGAAGUUUUAAAAAAUCUUAAAGGUAAAGUUUAAUAGAGCUAUAAAUAUUUGAAUUCAACUUUUUAAAAAUCAGUUCAUAACAAUGUGAAUACCUAGAUCAUUGGUUCAUUUGAUUUAGGAACACUUUAUGUCCAAUAUCAUCAUUAUAGAUUAGAUUUAGCUGUAUGUUCAGAACUCUUUGAGGAUCCCUUUAAGUUUUUAGAAAGUAUUUUGCCAUUGCUGAAGCUUAAUGAUUCAUAAAUAAUAGCAAAAAAUCAUGAAUUUAGUGAAAAGACUAAAAUAAAUAGGUAAUAUUUCACUCUAAGAUGUUCUAACCCAGAGCAUGAGAAUGAUUUUGAUAUAUAUUUAAUAUUUACCAAAGGAAAAGAUGAUUAUAUUGUUAAGUAGCAUAAUGAAUUUAAAGAAGUGUUAAACAAAUGCUAUAAACUCAAAUUAGCCUACAGGACUAUUAGUGCUUGGGCUAAGGAGUAUCUAUAUGAUAACACAGUUGAUUUCGAUAUGUUUUCACAAUAUGAAUUACAGCUUUUGUUUAUAGAUUUCUUGAAACAUAACUAAAUCUUCACACAAGAUCUGAGUUAAAUGAAAGUUAAUUUUCUCUAGUUUGAUUCAUAGCAAUUCUUUAUCGAUUUCUUUAUCUAUCUGCUAAUUACUUUUAAAGCAGUUUAGGUCAAUCCAAUCUAAACUCCGGCAUUAGAUGAAAAAUGCUCAAAUAAAGAUUAUAAAUAAGCCUAAGACUAAGAUAUUAAAAUUUAGGAUAAUUAUUCAUUUUACCAAAUGAAGGAUAAGUUGGGUAAUUAUGUAGACACGAGGAUAUUAUUUAGAGACUAUAUGGAUGUAACAAGCAUGUUUAGGUAGAUAAACUAAACACUAAAGCAGAUAAUAGAUGGUAUUAAUUUCUUUGAUUGA